UGUACACCCUAAAAAAGUGGGCUGUGCCAUCUGGGUAUAUCUCACCAUCUGCUGCAUGAAAUAGGUUGGAGAGAUAGAUGAGAAUUACUGUGAAUGAGCACUGGGAUAUGUGUGUACUGACAAAAACAGCAGGCAAUCGAGCUACACUUUAUGUUGGUCAACAUAACUGACCUAGUUACUUUAGACCAAGAAUUAUUUACAUCGGUGACUUGAGUAGAAUAAACAUCAUGGACCUUAAUCAUGGUUUUAUCAUCUGGACUCUUUUAGUUACAUGUGAAGGGGUGAAGACAGUUCAUCCUGAAUGUUCUAUAGUGUUGCAUCUGCAAAAGAAAGAAGCUGAAUGUCGGCUCAAAAUCGGUUUAACACAGUCUUUGUUAAACUUUAACGCUACAGAUACAGGUUGUCUGGCUGAGUGGGAUGGUGUGAAUUGCUGGCCUGCAGUCAGUGUAGGAGAGAGAUUCUCAGUGUCUUGCCCACCUCCUCUCAUAAACUCCCAUGAGCUGAUCACUCGCACCUGCACUACUGAGGGAUGGAGUAGGCUAAGUGUGCCCUAUUACAGUGCUUGCUUUCAGGACAACAGCACAGAGCAGGAGGACACUGGACACAGACGAGAGUACUUUGCCAUGGUGAAGUUGAUAUACACUGUUGGGUAUGGCGUGUCCAUUGGCUCUCUCUGUAUUGCAGUCCUCAUCUUCUGCAUCUUUAGAAAGCUUCUGUGUACACGGACCUACAUCCACCUCAACCUCUUCUCCACAUUCAUCCUGAGGGCUUUGGCUGUAUUUGUGAAAGAUGCUGUGCUAUUCGCCGAUAAGACAAUCAAUCAUUGCACAGUCUCCACUGUUUUGUGCAAGGCUGUGGUGACGUUCUUCCAGUACUGUGUGUUAUCAAAUUUCUACUGGCUGCUCAUUGAGGGACUUUAUCUCCAGACACUGCUAGUGUUCACCUUUGCCCAAAGGAGAACAUUCUUCUGGUGGUAUACUCUUAUUGGUUGGGGGACUCCAUCUGUCGCCGUAUCCAUCUGGAUGUUCCUCAAGCAUAAAUAUGACAAUCAUGGGUGCUGGGAUGACCUGGACAGUGGCUACUGGUGGAUCAUCAAAAUUCCCAUUUUGCUUUCUGUAUUUGUGAACUUUCUGGUGUUUGUUAAUAUAAGCAGGAUGAUAGUUGUGAAGACAAAAACCCCAGUAUCAAAUGGAGGAGACAGGCGGCUUUACAGUCGACUGGCUAAGUCAACUCUUCUGCUCAUCCCUCUUUUUGGAGUGCAUUACAUCGUAUUUGCUCUGUUUCCGGAGCAUGUGGGACUAGAGGCGAGACUCUUCUUUGAACUCGUGCUAGGUUCCUUCCAGGGUUUCAUUGUGGCAUUGUUAUACUGCUUCUUGAACAGUGAGGUCCAGAAUGAAAUAAGGAAAGAGAUUGAGAAAUACAAGUCCCGAACGGACAACAACACUUUCCAAAUGGCAACGCAAGACUUUACUGCAUAAACUUGAGGACAUUUUGUAACGACUGCACUUCAGCUUGCUCUGUCAUGUUAUGUUAUACCACUGUCAUGAUAACUGCAUAAAUGUUUUUCCACACAUCUCAUAUGAGUUUUGUAAAAGUAAGGUGUUUGAUGAACAUAGCAUUGUCCAAAAUGUCUUGGUAUGCUAAAGCAUUCAAAUUUCACUCUUCACUGGAAGAAACCAAACUUUACAGUUGGCACAAUGCAGUCAGGCAGGUAACAUUCUCCUGGCAUCUGCCAAACCCAGAAUCACCCAUCAGACUGCAAAACAGAGAAGCUUGAUUCCUCACUCCACAAAACAUAUUUCUACUGCUUCAGAGUCCAGUGCUUUACAGUACACCACUCCAUCUGACGCUUGGGAUUGUACUUGUUGAUAUGAGGCUUCUAUGCAGCUGCUCGGCCAAGGAAACCCAUUCCAUGAACCUCCGACUGCACAGGUUUUGUGCUGAUAUUAAUGUCAGUGGAAGUUAGGAACUCGACAGCUAUGGGUUCAGCACAGCAUUGGCGACUUUUAAGCACCAUGUGCCUCAAUACUCAGUGACCAAACCCUAUGACUUUGUGGCUGAGAUCUGCUGUUCCUAAACGCUUACACUUCAAUAAUUCAAUAAUACCACUUACAGUUGACCAUGGAAUAUCUAGCAGGGAUGAAAUUUGACUUAUUGCAAAGGUGGCAUCCUAUCACAGUACCAGGCUUGAAUUAUCUUCAGAAUGACCCAUUUUUCACAAAUGUUUGUAAAUGCAGACUGCAUGGCUAGGUGCUUUGCUUGUAGGGCAUGUUUACGCAACAGCUAUGUACUUAAAAUGAGAAUAGUUUUUCCUUUAACCUUUUUCGCGUACAUACGUCAGCAUUGUCAAAAUGAUCCCCAUUCACAUGGAUCAGCGAAAACAAUUAAAAACACUGUAUUAUGCAUGCCAGGCCAAUAGAUGGGGAUGUCACUUU